AUGCACUGCAGCAGAAUGAUACAGAUCUUGGACCCAACACCCUUGCCAAGCUCCAUCAUGCCUGUGGACAUGGCCAUGAGAAUUUGCUUAGCCCAUUCUCCACCACUGAAGAGUUUUCUCAGCCCCCUUGAGGACUGUCAAAGAAACAACUUUGUGAACAGAUUCAAACCUCUCAGACCGUGUCUUCAUGUGAAACGUGACUCCGAAGCUCAGAAGAGUGACUGGAACCACUCAGCAGCCCGAGCCAAGAAGCGAGUUGUGUUUGCAGACUCAAAGGGGCUGUCCCUGACGGCGAUACACACCUUCUCCGAGUUCCAGGAGCACCCUGGGUGGGAUCUUCAGUUUGACCUAUUAGGCCUUGAAAACAUAACAUCUGGCUUAAAGUUACAUGAGGAGAAAAACUUGAUUCUGGGUUUCCCUCAGCCCUCAGCUGACUACCUGGACUUCAGGAACCGCCUGCAGAAGAACUUGGUCUGCCUGGAGACCUGCACCCUGCAGGAGAAGGUGCUGUCGGGCACUGUGAAAGUAAAAAAUGUGAGCUUCGAAAAAAAGGUUCAGUUUCGAAUUACCUUUGAUACAUGGAAGACCUACACGGACGUUGAGUGUGUAUACAUGAACAAUGUUUACAGCGAUCCUGAAAAUGAUACCUUCUCAUUUACCAUUGACUUGCCUCCUGCCAUUUCCUCUGAAGAGGAGAUAGAGUUUUGCAUUUCUUACCAAAGCGGAGAACAUACCUUCUGGGACAAUAACGAGGGUCAGAAUUACAAGAUUCUCCAUGCAGAGUGGAAGCCUGAUGGUGUUCAGAUACCAUCUGCCAAGAAAGACUCCGUAGAUUUUCAGACUCCAGGGAGAGGACAAGAGAAAGAGCCUGAUCAGCUAGGCAGUCCGAGGCUGUCCAGUGGUCUCUUUCCCCGGUGGCAGAGUUUGGGUCAGAUUGAAAAUUCAUCACCAUAUUGGUGA